GGUGCAGGGCUGCCCUCGGGCUGCCUCCUGGUGCAGCGGGAGCGUCCGCGGGCCGCUGAGCGCCUGUGCGUGUGGCGGCUCCGUAGCGCACGGAGUUAGUGGGUGUGCUGCUCGCAGCACUGAGGCUGGCACAGUGCCUAGCUGGCUUGUGAGAAAGGUACAGAAUGGCUUACAGCGUGACUCUGAAUGGACCUGGACCGUGGGGCUUCCGACUGCAAGGGGGCAAGGACUUCAACAUGCCUUUGACCAUCUCCAGAAUCACUCCUGGCAGCAAGGCAGCACAGUCACAGAUGAAUCAAGGGGACCUUGUGGUAGCCAUUGAUGGAGUCAAUACUGACAGCAUGACUCACUUAGAGGCUCAGAACAAGAUCAAGUCAGCAAGUUACAACCUGAGCCUCACUCUUCAGAAAUCGAAACGUCCAGUGCCAGUUUCAACCACACCACCCAAAAUUGACUCACCCAGAGCUGUAAUUCCCCACCAGAAGGAACCUGCUUGGGAAAUCAAUGGCAACAGAGCAACCUUCAGUCCUCUAACUAACACGGCGACUGGGCCUAUGGGUAGUGUUUUAGCAACCAAUGGAACAUUUUCAGGCUACUUCAACAAGGAAGAGAUCAGCUUUUCAAAUAGCUCUUCUUACUUAAAGACUACCGCAGUUAGAUCUUCCAUGUCCUCUCAGUCCGUGACUCCUGACGUUUCACCUGCAAAGAGUAAUCUAGGUUCAAAACUAAGCCCUCUACUGACUGAUGGCAAUAGUCCUGUACGCCAGCUGAGCCCUGCAAGGCAAUAUAACAACCCUAUUGGCCUUUACUCAGCAGAAACUCUAAGGGAAAUGGCUGAGAUGCAUAAAUUAAGUCUCAGACGGAGGGCUUCAGAAGGUGGACUUCCUAUAGGUACCCUUCCUAUUAAAGAUCCUCACGUAGACAGUGCAUCUCCGGUGUAUCAGGCUGUUCUCAAAACUCAGAACAAGCCUGAAGAUGAAACUGAAGACUGGAGCCGCCGUUCUGCCAACCUGCAGUCUAAGUCUUUUCGCAUCCUUGCUCAGAUGACUGGAACAGAGUUCAUGCAAGAUCCAGAUGAAGAAGCCCUGAGGAGAUCAAGAGACAAAGAAAAUGCUGCAGCAGCAUCACAAAACAGGGCUACAGCUACUACAUAUGUGCCAAAGUGUGUGACCUCCAGUAUUUUGCAGCCUCCUCAGUCAUGCACCGUGGGUGCCAACACUGGCAGUGCUAAGCCAAUGGCCUCCAAGGGCUCUGUGAGGCCUGGAGUGAGUACAAGUCAGAGGGAAGCCAGUUGUGUCACUACUGGCCAUAAAGUCUCUCUUUCUUCAUCCAGUAAUCGAAGAGUGCUUGCAGCCCCCAGCUCUCUUUCACAACCUAAGCCUGUCCUUGGGUCCAAGAACAUGUCAGUAGCAGCUUCCACUAUUUCAUCCGCUCUCUCAUCUCAGUCUAGUUUCAACCGGCAUUCUUCCACCUCCAUCAGCUACCAGUCGAAGAGAAACACAAGCCAGUCAUAUACACCAGUGCCAGCUUCUGCAAGCUAUGGUGAAAGUCCUGCUGCUUCUGCUGCUUCAAAACCAAGAGUUGUCACUACUGCUAGCAUAAAGCCCUCUGUCUACCAGCCAGCACCUGCACCAGUUCAUUCCUACACCCCUGCCAACACGGAGCCAGCAAGCCGUCCUCCCUGGGUAACAGAUGAGUCAUUUUCCCAGAAGUUUGCACCUGGAAAAACCACCACCACUGUCACGAAGAACAUCCUUCCGAGGGGGGCUCCAGUACCACCUCCUGCCUCUAAAUCUGCAUACCCGUCUCCAGUUUCAGCUUCUCCCCUGGCUCCUGCAAUAGCCCGAGGAACAAUUCAGAGGGCUGAGCGUUUUCCAGCCAGCAACCGAACUCCUCUCUGUGGGCACUGUAACAGCAUAAUUCGGGGUCCCUUCCUAGUAGCCAUGGGUCGCUCUUGGCACCCAGAAGAAUUCAACUGUGCUUACUGCAAGACAUCCUUGGCUGAUAUGUGCUUUGUGGAAGAGCAGAAUAGCGUAUACUGCGAGCGCUGUUAUGAGCAGUUCUUUGCACCGACCUGCUCCAGAUGCCACACUAAGAUCAUGGGGGAAGUGAUGCAUGCCCUAAGACAGACUUGGCACACGAGUUGCUUUGUUUGUGCUGCUUGUAAGAAGCCAUUUGGGAAUAGUCUCUUUCACAUGGAAGAUGGAGAACCUUACUGUGAGAAAGAUUACAUUGCUUUGUUCAGCACAAAAUGCCACGGCUGUGAUUUUCCUGUUGAAGCUGGAGAUAAAUUCAUUGAAGCCCUUGGACAUACUUGGCAUGAUACCUGCUUCAUUUGUGCUGUAUGCCAUGUGAAUUUGGAAGGUCAACCAUUCUACUCCAAGAAGGAUAAGCCACUGUGCAAGAAGCAUGCCCAUGCCAUCAAUGUUUAAAAAGAGCUGAAAAUCAGUAAUGCUGGGGAAACUGAUGACUAAAUGAGCAAUUAUAAAGUUGAUAACCAUGGCUAGCAUUUGUCUUGGUAGAAGCUAUAAAGUUGAUAUUUCUAAAAUUUCAUUUUAACUCGUUUCUUAGGAGCAGAACAUGCUUUUGCAUGGUUCAUAUAAAAUGAGCAAUCAAAACCAAAUUAAAUACUCCAUUUAAAAACAGAUUAUUAGUGCAGCAGUUUGGAGAAAUACUGAUUAAAACCUGUGAUUUGAAAUGUAAUACAUAAAUACAGUUUAAAAUGAACUACCCACAGCAGUUUUACUGCUUAGACCACACACUAGUGUUUAAGAAUAACAGGAAAAGUCCUGUUAUUGUAAUUGUAAUAACUCAUCUCUUGUAAUAGCUCAUUUUCUUUCAUAAAAAGAAUGAGUAAGUGCUAUAUUGACAAUAAUCAGUAGAACCAAAGGGCACAGCUUUCAAAGGGAAAUAAAUAGGUUAGGGUUUCCUCUAUGAAAAGUGUGUGCUAUUCCUUUAUGUUGUGGUGCUACCUCAUAGCAUCAAGUAUUUUAGAUUCUUUCCAAAUAAGAAGUUUGCCUUGAAUCCAUACAUAGCUCUGAAGCCUAAGAGACAAUGAGUAGCUUAGUUUGAGAAUGAAGUGGAAAUGGAAUUAACUCCUUCCACACCCAGUAAGAUUGAGGAAAGGUUGGGUCAACCUUGCUAGUGCACUUAGCUUAUAUGUGAGUAGUAGAUACCUCACUUUCAAAUCUUAAUGGAAAAGGCUAACUGGCUUUGUCCAGCCUGCUCUUAAAUUGAAUGGAAUCAGGCUGGCUGGAAAGGAACUGUGGCUAUUGAUUCAAAAACAGUUUGCCUUUCCUCUUGUGGGAAAAAAAAAACAAACCUGAACAUUACUUUGGUUUAUAAUGUCCACUGAUAUAAAGUGAGAGGUAGGAACCCAUUUCUGGAUCUUUAACACUGAUUAACAGCGAAGACACAUUUCUAUCUAGUACAGCUGGAAAGUGGGAGAUAGCUUGAAAAAGUUGCCAAAUCUAUCCCACAUACGUAGAAAAAAGGCACCUUUGCUUCUCCUGUGGAAUGUAAUCAAUCAAUGUUUUAUCAAUGUAAAUGAAUGUUGAUAAAAAUUCAUUGGGCAGCAUAACACCACAGACAGAUGCUUUUUAUUGUUUUCCUCAGUUUAAAUAUAACACAUUCUACAUUGUAGCAUUUGCCAUUGUAAGACAGUAGCUUUGACACUUCAUCUUAGUCCUAUUUUUAAAUAUUUUAUAAAAAACUUCAAAGUUGCUCAAACAUUUAUAAAACUGUUCGUUUUGUUUGGUUGGUUUGAUUUUUUUUGAAAGCAAUACUUGUAGUACUAGCAGUGAUUUUGAAUUCCUAAUUUUAAAUAUCUAUUUGUAUUGGAGGCAGCAGUUCUGUUGAAUAGAAAAUGGAGUUAUAAUGGAAAGCCUAAUCAAUAUUCAAGUUUUAUUAAUUUGCUUAAAUGAAAAUUCUGAUUGUGUAUUGAUAGCUUGCAGUACUGACAGUUUUUAAUUCGUAUUUCUGAGAGUGAGAAUGAGUUCUGUGGGCCACAUUCUGGUGCUAUCUGCACACUACUGUACCUUGUGUUUUGAGUAGCCGGGAAUGACUUGGCAUUGUCUGUCUUUUCCCUCCUAUAGGUAAUGCCAAUUCUAAGAACAUAGGUGUGUCUUUUUAGUGAUGAAAAGCUAUCCAAAGCUGUGGGGAGAAAUGCAGAGAGGAGGAAAUAAAAGAAAAGGGGGGUUAAUAUGUGAGUUAAAUUAGCUGCAGGCAGUCCACAUCUUGGAAGAAAAUAACAAUCGUAACUGCCUGUGGCAGUUCAGACAUGUAUGACCUGUGUUUAUUCAGCAGGUAUCUUAGUUCUCACUGAUCUUAGCAGGGAUCUGAUCUGAGUGCUUACAGGGUCAGAUUUUGAAUGCAUUCAUUAUUCUAUAACACUACUUCAUUAUAUGCAAAGCUUUUUUUUUUUUUCCUAUAGGAAACAAAUUUUCUGUUUUCAGUCAGUGCUGGGCUGAUGUAAACGUGGUUCCAUUAACUACAAAGCCCAGGUAUUUGGCUCAUAAUGUUCUCCAGAGGAAUAAACUAUAAUCAUGGAAGUUAAAUACAUUUUUACUCAUAUUUGAUUCAUUAAAUACCUUUUUAUAAGAGUGAGACAAUUCUAUACUUCCUUUUAAUUUUUGAAUGCAUUGAAGAUGCUCCUUGGGCAGACUUCUGUGUUACCCACUGACUGGGACUAGUCUCUUACUGUCAACAUCAAACUCUCAAAACAGGGAGUCUGACUCCUUGGCACAACAGACUGCUAGAGCAUGUAACACCACAGUAGAAUGUCAUGAUCUAAUCUAUGUAUUUAUGCGUGUCUCCCUCUCCACCUUCUCUGUCCCUAAGAGCUCCCUCUUUGCUGGUACUAUGAAGAAUACAGCAUUUUAGGAGAUGGUCAGAGAUGAUUGGCUGCAGCUAACCAGGGGUGUACAGUCUGUGCAGAGAAUGUGGUAGGCAGCCAGGCUGGAGCUGCUUCUUUCUUCUCCAUAUUCACAAGGGACCCCAAGAUUGCCAGAUGAAGUUGCACAGGACCUCCCAUCAGAAGCUCAGGUGGACAAGUAUGGGAUGUGGAAAGACUUCCAUUAGGGGUCUCGGUGUGAGCAGGGGAAGAGAGGUUUGGAUCAAAGAGGGCAGAGCACCUGCAGCAGCCAGAAUAUGGGGGGCUUGAGGGCCUCUGGUAUUGUGUAGAAGGGUGAAGCACUGGGGAGGCAGGGGAAGCUGGGGCUGGAGGAGGGAGAGGAGCUAGGUAAGGCCAGUUGCACUAAGUUGAUAUAUUAGAUACUUUCGUUGAGGCAGAGGGGGGAAGCAGAGAAUAGCCAGCAUGACUUGCUGUGGUCAAGGAAAAGGCUUGGCGCAGGAAAUUGGGGUACAAAGAGCUGACAAUAGUCCCAAUAUAUAGUAUGAAUGUAUACAGAAUGAGUGAGCAAGGAAGAUCCAGGAUCCUACCUAGUAGAAGUCAACACUGCAAAAGGGUGAAUGCAACAUAUGUUAGGUAUAGCUGAGCUAGCUUGUGCAGUGGCAACUGUGAAAAUGCAGCAGCAGAGAUUUCAGUGGGAGCUGUACUAACUUGAAGGGGUCCUGAAAAUUUCCUUGGACAGGUAAUCUGCACUGUAACACAUGCCCUGACUCCAGCUGGUGUCUGAGCAAGUGAGAUUAAAACUAGUUUACAUAUCAGUUUAUGAGGUACAGUGAUAUCUCUGAGUGAAAAACAGAGAUACCCUGAGGAUUAUCAUGUAAUAAAUUUCCUGUUUUGACUUGUGCUGCUUCAUAAUAUGGUCCAAAAAUAGGGAAUCCACUUACCUGCCCUUACAUAAUUUUUGCACAUAUCUGAACCAGAAAUUUGUGAAUAGUAAUGUAGAAUUUUAACUUUCACAGGGAUAGAAUCCCACAUAACGCUGAUACUCUUCUGCUAUAUGUCACCUUUGUGAUAUGGAGGAAAAGAUGCAUACUUAUAUAAUUCAGAACAGGGCCCUUCAACUAUCACUGAACAUAAAUGCUAUACAAAAAUAGUGUUUGCAGGAUGAAUAAUGUGCACUUGUUUAUGUUUUCUGUCUUGUAACAGAUGCCUGGGAUAAGUCAUAAGUUCCUCUAAAUAUUUAUAUUAAUUAACAUGGGACUUUACGUGACAAAACAAAGAUCCUGUACCUCUGAAUGACCAAAUAAGAAUACCGGUAUUUUGUCUAAUACGGUGUUCAGCAUCUUUUCAGUCAAUGGCUUCAAAAAUGACCUUAAUGCUUUUUCUCUUUUUCCGCUCUUUUUGCAUAAGAGAGUAAAGAUUACCAAAGAAGGCCUUGCUUUUAUUAUCUGAAAAGAAAACCACUCAUCUGACUUAUUUUUUCUAAGUUAAUUUGUAACGUACUGGAUUCACAUAUUGCAAUUUUAAACAAGGGAAAAUAUUUUACUUUGGUCCUUCAGUGGUCAGUACUUUGGGUGAAAUGUUUUCUUAAAGACAUACUUAUGUUUAAUAAUGUGAACAGCCAGCACUGAACACACUCAUUAGUGUCUAGUGCUGGGAAUGCUAAUGUUUAUUUGUAAUACUUGUCUCCAGGUAGCAGAUAUUGUUUAGUAUUUACAAACAUCAGAAUUUGAAACUGAGUGAUUUCUUGUCUGCAGUGAUCAUAGAAGCCUAGGUUUUAUAAUAUAAUUACAUGUUGACUUGAUACCACAAGUGCCCUUGCUUUUAGACACAUAUUUUUCUGAAGUUCUUAGUUAGUUCAGGUCAGAAUGCAGCAUGGUUUAUGAGGUGUGAGUAAUUGUACUUUGCAUGGAUUACCUGUGCCAACAUGGAUAAAACAGUCUAGUAAUAAAAUGAAUGUACAAAUACAUUUAAAGCUUUACAGUUUGGACAUAUUUGUUAAUACGGCACGUGAACAGCUGACAGCAUACACAAGCUUGUAUUCUCUACUUCAAACCUGAAAAUAAAAUUAGAAGCAUUGGUUUCAA